CAAAUUCUUUUAAACGUUUUAAAAUUUAUUAGAAAUGUCCUGAUUGCGUGAUCGUGAAAGAGGAUGCCGACAAGUUGGCCGCAAAGAUGGCAGCAUAUACUGAAACUGAUGUAAAAGAAAUAAUCGUGAAACUUAGAAUUCCCGAAGAAAUACCCCCGCCAAAAGAAAUUGAAAUACAAGUCGAGCCUGAAGUGCAGCCAAAAAUUGAAAUAGCUGCAGAAGCAAAACCUGUAGUCCACGAAGAAAUGGUCGAAGUAAAAUUUGAACCUGAAUAUCCUCUAGAACCACCUCCCUCGCCAUUGGUGUCAGAAUUAAUCGUAAAGGAUGACGUGAAGAAAGAUGAAAUACCAGAAGUGAUGCAUAAAUUGGAAAUAUUACCAGAAGUAAAAGAAGAAGAGAAGGUUCCUAUAGUAGAAGAAAUUGCUCCAAAAGUUAUUGAAAAAGAAGAAGAGAUUAAAAAAGAACCAAUGGAAGAAGAAGAGGAAAUUGUAGUACCGUUAGAGUUCAAAGAAGAAAUUAAAGAAGAAAAACCAGAAAUUAAGCCAGAAGAAAUACCAGAAGUUAAGCCAGAAGUUAAGCCAGAAGUUAAGCCAGAAGUUGUGCCAGAAGUUGUGCCAGAAAUUGUGCCAGAAGUUGUACCAGAAGUUGUGCCAGAAGUUAAGCCAGAAGUUGUGCCAGAAUUGUACCAGAAAUUGUGCCAGAAGUUGUACCAGAAGUUGUAUCAGAAAUUGUGCCAGAAGUUAAAUCAUGGAAAGUACUCACCGAACAUUGGCCAAGUGUGCCUUCUGGAUCUGAGGUUGUGGUAGCCCCGCAGCUCGCCUAUGCUCCCCUGUUCGGCCUGCAUCUUGGCCUGUGCAGUUGCAGCGGCACUGGCGAUCACGUGGUGCUGGUGAGCCGGUGCACCUGCCGUGGUGAUGCUUCUGCGCGAUCGCCAACCCGUUCUGCUGCCUCCACCGCCGCUCGGGGUU